CCUUCCAUCCCCGUAUCUUGCGCUCAAACUCCAGAAGUGUCCGAGCUUGCACUGCGUUGCUUAUACCACGACCCGCGCCCCGGGCAGCACGCCAUCGACAGCGCCGCAAACACAAGCCUGCCCUGCCCGGUCCGGUCUGACACCCUGUGAAACCGGAUGGCUCCCGGUUCCUGCUGUCGCCAUCACCGCCGUAUAUAGACGCUCCGCGCCCAUCGCCCCCUCCCCCUGCGACGUCGCCUGCCCUGGCUUCACCGUCGCCAUGGACGCAGGCUCCGUCUUGCGAAACCGACAUCUGCAGUCGCCGGCUACGCCGCCAUCAGAUAAUGACAUCUCUCGCAACCCGUCGCGCGACGGCGACGGUUCCACCAACACCUUGACUGGAGACUCGUCGACGAGCAACCAACAGGCCCUCCGCGAUAACUGUAAUCGACGACGGCCCCAGGACGAGGACCACGUCCGCCUCAAGAAGAUGCCUUCCGAACUGCUCACCAAGACGGUGAGCCCCUUUCUCAAGGAGCACAUCCCCGGCAUCUACGCCCCUAUCGGCAAGGGCAAGAGCAACGACACGACCGACCUCACUCCUGCCCGCAAGGACCCAAACACGAGGUUUUGCUACCGUCAUCGCCCCGACUCAAAAUGUCGCCGAGCCGCCGACGAGACCAAGAUGGGCUUCAUCCAGAGUGAACUCAACAGCCUCCCCGUCGCAGACCAAGAAGCCAUCACCCAUGUCUGGUCUCUCUUCUCCGCCGCGCCCGCCAAGCACCGCGAGUUGAUGCUUCAGGGAAUCAUCACACAAUGCUGCUUCCCUCAACUCUCGACCGUGUCGCGCGAGGUCCACGAGCAGCUCAAGAUCGAUUUCCUUGCCGCCCUCCCCGCCGAGCUCUCCUACAAGAUCCUUUGCCACCUAGAUACCGUCUCGCUUUGCAAGGCUGCGCAGGUCAGCCGGCGGUGGCGAAACCUGGCCGACGAUGAUGUCGUCUGGCACAGGAUGUGCGAGCAGCACAUUGACAGAAAAUGCACCAAAUGUGGUUGGGGCUUGCCACUUCUCGAGAAGAAGAAGCUGCGGGCAUGGAGUCGUCACCAGUCUGCCCACCACCGACAUGAUCAGGCUCAAAGCCAACAAAACGACCCCGACCGCGACCACGACGAUGAUGCCGCUGUGAGCGAUUCUAACAAGCGGUCCCUGUCCGUCAGCGACGAUGGGCCUUCUAAACGCCCUCGACUCGAUGGCGCGUCCCAUUCGCGAUCACAGCUCGAGGUCGAGCGCAAAUUCCGCCCGUGGAAGGAUGUGUACCGCGAUCGAUACAAGGUCGGUUACAACUGGAAGACUGGUCGGUGCGCUAUCAAGACCUUCAAGGGCCACGAGAACGGGGUCACUUGUCUGCAGUUUGACGACGCGAUUCUCGCCACGGGUUCGUACGACACGACGAUCAAGAUCUGGAACAUCCAGACGGGCGAGGUGAUUCGAACGUUGCGCGGCCACACGUCGGCCAUCCGGACGCUGCAAUUCGACGACUCAAAACUCAUCAGCGGUAGCAUCGACAAGACCAUCAAGAUUUGGAACUGGCAAACGGGUGAGUGCAUCAGCACAUUACAGUGCCACACGGAAGGCGUCUUGUCGGUGCAUUAUGACGGGUGCACUCUGGCGUCUGGUUCUAUCGACAAGACUGUCAAGAUCUUCAGCUUCGACACCAAGCAGACGUGCUGCUUACGUGGCCACACGGACUGGGUCAACCACGUGCGCAUCGACUCGAUGUCACGGACCGUCUUCUCGGCGUCAGACGACAUGACGGUCAAGCUAUGGGACCUGGACUCGAAGCAGUGUGUCAAGACGUUCAAGGGUCACGUUGGUCAGGUGCAACAGGUGCUGCUGAUGCCACCGGACUUUGAGCCGGAUGGCUACCCCAGCGAGGACUUGACGGAUGCUCUCUCCAUGCACAGCAGCCGCAGCAACACGCCCACGCCUACGACGGCUGAGCCGCCGGCCGACGUGCGUGCCUCGUUCGGGUCGGGCUUCGCGUCGGACCCGUCGAGGCCCCUGCCUCCCAAGUACAUGCUCACGGGCGGGCUCGACAACACGGUGCGCCUGUGGGACAUUGAGACGGGCAAGUGCAUCCGCAGCAUGUUUGGCCACGUCGAGGGCAUAUGGGGCCUUGUCGGCGACACACUUCGCGUCGUGACGGGCGCCAACGACUCGAUGACCAAGAUCUGGGAGCCGCGGUCCGGCAAGUGCGAGCGCAGCUUCACGGGCCACGCGGGGCCGGUGACGUGCGUCGGGCUCAGCGACAGUCGGAUGGCGAGCGGCAGUGAGGACGGAGAAGUGCGACUAUAUAGCUUCGAAGGUGAGGUUACAGAGGAGAGGGGGACACCAUCGUGAGAAAGACGCACAACACAGACACACACACACACACACACCCUGGCGGGUCGCGUGGCGGCGAUCAAGACCAGACGGCACCACAUCAUCAGCGACGACUUGCUAUUUCGCGCAUCCGGACAUUUCUAGGCGUUUGACACGAGAUACCACACGGCCGAAUUUCCUUUUUUCACUUUGUUUUAUUGACUGGGCAUCGCGGAUGGCGGCGUACUGGACCACAUGCUGGUAUGGAAUGGGUGUAUUUUCAUAUCUGGGCUCGCUGCAAAGUGUAUGGAUGGAACCUGUCAAAUUUGUGUCGGGAUAAUUCGGGCGGGAACGGGCCGUCGGCUUUGAACGGGGUAGACAAACAGCAGUGCUUCUGGCUUCUCAUGGCGUUGGCUCUCGGAGCCCUGCAAUUUCCGUGUUUCGAGGUCACAACCCGGUUAGAUAGGGUCCGCAAGAGACAACCAAGUAUGAUUUGCACGAGUGUUCCUGGCCCCAGG